UGCACCUCAACGGAGUGUCAGGCUUUUCCGCUGUUUGUUUUUUAAUCCUAGCUUUGUCAAAACAUUUUAAAUUGAAGAGAAUACUGUACUGGUUCCUUUUAGUUUAGUGUUUAGUCAUGUUGUGACAGUCUGUUUAAAUGUCUUUUUCUUUUCUCAGAAUCGACUUUAAUGUUUUGUGAGUCUCUUUCCACCAUUUUGCACAUAAUCAUGUACUAUAUGAAACUUCCUGUUGCAGUUGCUGCAAUUUUAGUAGCUAUUCCCUAUAGCAUCUCGCUUGCUGCCCAGUGGUUUUAUGGAUGGCCUGAUAAGCCUGGGUACAAAAAGUAUAUAGAGGCUCUCAACCCCAGGCGUAUUUACCGUUUGACAAGGGCUUUGGUGGAAAUGAUGAAGUAUCUACAGUACAGCAAGCUAUAUUUCCAGUGGACAUUGUGGUACAAGAAAAACAAUUGUACACAGUGUGUGAAAGGCAUCCCCUUUGGUCACAGAGGCAACAAAUUAGACUUGUAUCACUCCCCAAAGUUGCACCAAUCAGACACAGAGCUCGUCCCAGUAGUAGUGUUUGUCUAUGGAGGAGCCUGGGGCUCCGGAGAGAGAUCCAUGUACUGUCUGCUUGCUCUGCAAAUAGCUAAAGAGCUUAAUGCUUCGGUGAUUUGCCCCGAUUAUUCCACGUAUCCAAAGGGGAAAGUUUUAAAUAUGGUUCAGGACAUAAGUGACAGUCUGAUGUGGGUGAGAGAGAAUGGACAUUCUUUUCAGCUUGACAAAGAUAACAUAGUGUUAAUAGGCCACUCAGCAGGAGCUCAUCUGUGUGUACUGACUACACUGUUUCUACUGGAAGGUGGCAAGUCUCUGUUGAUCAAGAAAUUCAAACAGAGAGAGGUGAUAAACUCGAUUAAAGGCAUCAUAGGUUUGAGUGGCGUCUACGAUAUAAUGGACCAUUAUGAACAUGAGAAAAUGCGAGCUGUUGAAUACAUCUCUGCUAUGCACAAAGCCAUGGAUGGCGUUGAGAACUUUGAGUACUAUUCACCAACGGCUCGACUGAAAAAGCUUAAGGAGGACCAGUUAAAAAGAGUUCCUCCAGUAGGAUUAGUCCAUGGCACUAAUGACAUCAUUGUACCAGUGGAGUCAUCAACGCGAUUGUGUGAUCUCCUCACUUCACUCUCUGUCCCCUCCACCCUGUACCUCCUGCCUAAAAUGAACCACACGGAGGUGGUUACAGAUCUCAUGGCGCCAGGCAGACACUUUUAUCGUAUAGUGUUCGACUGUAUCAAGGAGGAAUACCGAAAAUUUAUAAGACUAUCUUAAUUUGUUUGUUUUUUUACAGCUAUCAUACAGUACCAGUCAAAUGUCUGGACACACCUUUUAGGUCAAUGGUUUUUUUUAUUUUUUAUUAUAUAUAUUCUAGAAAUAACCUUUAAAGUUUUUUAAACUAUUAAAUAACACACAUGGAAUUAUGGAAUUAUGUACUAACAGCAACAACAACAGGCAGUGAUUUUUUUAAGAAGGUCAGCUUUCUGGAAUAGUUCUAGUAACAGUAUUGUGUCAAGUGCAUUUGCAAAACCCAUCAGCACCAUAAUAAAACUGGCUCUCAUAAUAACCUUCCCAGGAAGGCAAGACCAAAACUUCUCUGCUGCAGAUGACAAGUUCAUUAACAGUUUCCAGCUUUUAAAAUAAACAACACCUCGGAUUAGAGGCGUUAUGAAGGUUUUAUAGAGCAUAAGUAGCAGAUACGGUACAUCUCAAUAUCAACUGUUCAAAGGAGAUUAUUGUAUAUUUUGGAUGUUUUCAUCAUUGUUUUACAGUGUAGAAAAAAAAAUUAAUCAGGAAAUAUCAUGGAAUUAAAAGAUGUGUCCAAACUUUAGACUGACAGUAUAUUUUAAUACCAAGUAAAAAAUACACACUAGGAUUUCAUGUAAUUAAUAAUAAUAAUAAUAAUAAUCUACCAAUAUAUUAUCAAACUAUUUAAAGAUGAAAGGACUUUCUUUAAAACUUUCAGGUCAAUAUCAAAAUGUACCUCAGUUCUAAUGAGUGUAAAAAUGUGGAAAAAUUCAUGAUAAAAAAAAUGUACGAUGUAGUGGUUCUUUGUUGAUGUGUUUUUAUUUAAUGUUUUUUUCCUGAAUGUUUUUGUAUUAUGUGAUCAUUACGAUAUACCAUGGUGUUCAUGAGCCAUAAAAGCCCAGACCACAUUGAAAGUACUUAACUGUUUAUCAAUGUAAUUAUAAAGUAAAGAGUUUGCUUUAGGAUGUUUGGAAGCUUGCGAGAGGACACACAUACAUUGGGGGCACUACUAAUAAUAAUAGUGAGUACUUGAGUACUUUAAACUGUGACUUGUGAUUGAUUUCA